CUUUGCCUUUGACCAGUGCAGUCGCUAACACACAACCUGUUGGGACGUGUACAGCGUCAGAAAGGCAAUAUCGGGUACUUUGGGAACAAAGUUUUCUGUAUUCGGCUUCGCUUCUUUCAACUUUCGAACGUGUAAAGUAAAAGCGACUUGGUUUCUAAAGCGAAGCAGCCUAGACCGCUUCCUUGAUAGCUACGAGGCACAUGCGAUUACAUCAUCGUCGACGAGACAGCAUUGUUCCGUUCAAAGAACUGGAGGGACCACAAAGUGACGUUGGGAACCUUUCGUCGCCACGAAAGGUACCAUGGAAGGGAGCGACUCGGAUCUCUUCCUGGCCAGCGACCACAUCCAGCGACACCACUCGCUUCCCGAAACGUCUUCGGACUCGAGGCUGCGUAGCAGAGGCAACGUCAGCAGCACGCCGAAGCGAGCCGGCAACGGCAGCAGGUGCCGCGUCGCAAAUACAGACUGCCACACCGACCCUGUGCCAAGACGGCGUCCUCGGACGUCCUUCUACGAAGACCAUGGUCCGAACCCUCUGACUCCCGCCAGACAUCUGCCGACGCCGAUUCGACCCCGGGCGUCGCCUUCAGAGAUAGCCACCUGGUUUGUCGGCGAGUCGAAGCACAUCAGCCUAAUCAGCGGUCACCCGUGGCCAUGCGGUACCGCAUCGGGAGAACAGACCACGGGACAUGUCCAAAGCCUCGCUUACAGCAGCGGACCGAUCUGCCGGAUUUGCCACGAAGUUUCAUUCCCUCGUACAGGUGACCAGGCCGGACCCCUGUCGUCGUACUGCGCGUGCGCCGGGACCAUGGGGGUGCUUCACUCACGCUGCCUGGAGCGAUGGCUCGCGACCAGCAACGCCGACUCGUGCGAGCUGUGCCAUGAGCACUUCCCGACGAUUCGGGUGCGCCGAAAGCUGUCCGAAUGGUACCGAGAGGCACCGAACCAGCGACGAGCGCUUAUCGCCGACGCCAUCUGCUUCGUCAUGCUCAGUCCUAUAGCGGGAAUGGGACUAGAACUCUGCAUCCAGGGGGCCACGAGGCAGACAACGACCCGAAAGAUUGUCCAAGCGGGCAGCCUUAUCAUGCUGUCGAUGCUCCUGAUAACGGCCUUUCUCGUAUGGUCCUACUUCACGGUCAGAUACCACUGUCGCUGCUUCCGGCAGUGGCGGGAGGACAACGCCACGGUCGUGUUGGUGCCACGGGAUGACGUCACGAUUGACCUUGAAGGGUCUCCGCCUCGAAAUUGAUUGCUUAUUGUUUGCUUUCUUUUUUUUAGCCUGAGUCGCAUGGCUUUCUUUUUACCUGUUCUUAAGCCUUUGCCGGGGACACUCUCACGUGCGGAGCUUUGUCAGUACAUUUUACUUAAGGCGUCGCUGGUGAAUUAAAGAUUUUAUAAUAGU